UUCAAGUCAAAAGUUUAAGGUUAAAUUUGUUGGAGGAGGUCGAUAUGAUCUCGCGAAUUUACCAAAAACAAAGACUGGUAAACGUAGGCGUUCCUUUCGGCGGAAUAAAGAGCCUCUGGAGGUUUCUGACAGACGAUGUACUGCCAGCAUCAAAUCAAUAUGUUGGUGCUGUUUCAAAUGUUGAUGCCUAUUUUUCUGAAGUCUGUCGAGCAAGUGCUGUGGCUGGUGUUGGACAGACCUUAAUGGCAUUUGCCAUUCAAGAUUUCGAUAGGGUUAAAGGAACUUUAAAAGUUAAAGAGAACUGCUUUCUCUUAGUAGAACGCUCUUUGCAUAACUUUGGUGGUUCUGGACUUGGCUGGGUGUAUAGAUGUUCAUGUGACAGCAAUCGCUCCAAUUAUCUUCUAUCAUUAAAUGUAUAUGUGCAAGGAACAGCUGAAGAGCUUAAUGAAGAAAAUAAGCCAUGUGAGCACUGCAUGGUAGUAAAACGAUUUAUUGGAAAAAUUGAAGCUGUUGAUGGUUCAUUGCUGGAAGCUGCUAUAGGUAAUCAGGAUGAUGACCAUGAAUAUUUUAAUACAGACAGCAUUUAUGAGUUGCCAUGCAGCAGAAAUGUUGUCUGUUCUUUUGUUCAUGGUAAAUAUUCGUUUGUUGGAUCAGACAAAUAUGUCUUAAAUGUCUGACAUGCAAAUAUGAUACUCACAGCUGUGUUCAUGUGGUUUUUGUGCAAACUAAACUUGAUGAAGAUGACGAAUCUUUCCCAUUCUUACAACAUGUUUUUCCUGACCACGAAGUAAGACGCUCUCCUUCUGUCCCCAUAUGUGCAUCAAAGGAAAAAGUAAAUUUCGACAAUGCUCAUAACCAUAAUUUGAUGCAAGAGCACACGUUAAGAACUUUGUUGCCAUGUGAUGAAAAUGGAAUAUUCCAAAUCAUGCCGGAUGGGUUUGAACAAUUGAGUCAUUGUCCUUCGUGUUCCCAUGCAUGGUUCAAUGGAUCAGGCACAGAAAGCAGUGGAUGCUUAGUUUCAAGAAGAAACUUAUUUCUUUUCAGUGGAACCUUAGUAUGUCAUGGUUAGUUAAUAUUUCUUGUUAUAUUUGCCUCAUGAUUAACAUGAAGUAUGCCACCUGUGUUAGACAAACCCUCAGCCCUUACUUACCUGAUUAUGGUAACCAUUCUGCACCAAUUGUUUGCUCACCAGGGACCGAUGCAUGUUUCGUUUAGAAUUACUUAUUUUAAAAAAACUGCAAGUUGUUACAGUAUUACUCCUUAACGCCAAAUUUGAAUUCUCAACAGUCCUGGUUUUGCCUAAAAGUUUAACACUAUAAUUGUUUGGUCUCUCAACCAUCCAUCUGCAAAUAAUUCGCAAUUGAAAUCGAAGGAAGUGCACAAUAAAAGUAUUCCAUUAUAUUAAGAAAUUAAUGUAUUUUUUAUCUUCAAGUCUCUUACAGGCUAUGUUCCAAUUCCUCAUGCCAAGAAAAAAAUUUUUUUGAUGGAAAUAAUUUAGGUAUUCUAAACAUGGACAGAUACCUUAUCUCCCACGAUGUUCUGCGCGAUUACAUGCAUCAUUUUUUGUUUGGCAGUUGUACCUUACAAACAUAUUUUCAAGUUUGGACCCGUCGAUUGUCUGAUGUUGGUACCGCGGAAGAGGAAAUG